AUGAAGGUCGUCGUCGAGCCCUACAACCCCGCCUGGGCAACGCAGUUCCAAGAACUUAAGUCUGAGCUCGAACAGAUCCUUAGUGGGGUCACGUACAUCAGCAUAGAGCACGUCGGGAGCACAUCCGUGCCCGGCCUCGCUGCGAAACCCACCAUCGACAUAUCGGUCAUCAGCGAGCGGCAGGACAUCCCCGCUGCUAUUGAAUCCUUGACGACCAAAGGCGGGUAUGUCUACAUGGGCAAAAUGGGAAUCCCAGACAGGCACGCAUUUCGCAAACCGGGAGUGGCGCCGACGAGAAAUCUGUACGUCUCGGUCAAGGGUUGUCAGAGUAUUAGGAACCAGCUUGGAGUCAGAGAUCUUUGUCGAAGUGAUCCAGCCGUGAGAUAUGCUUAUGAGAGGAAGAAGUUGGAGCUAAGCCGGCAGGAGUGGCGGAAUGUCGACGAAUACUGCGAAGCCAAAAACGACAUCAUCGCCUGGAUGCUGAAGAAGGCGGGAAUGGGCGAGGAGGAAAGAGAGGAGAUCAGACAAUUGAAUAAAGUGAACGAGACGAAGGCGGGGGGGACGAUCGCCUCGCUAAAGGUCCUCAGAGAUCCUUUUGGCACCCGUCUAGCCCACGGCUCAAUCCCCUCACCGAUGUGCGCCAUGGCAAGAAUGGGCGAGGAAGCACGAGACCGGAACAAGUGUCUGGACGUGGCGACAACUUGGUGGCCGGAUACCCUUGUGAACAUUGUUUUGUGCAUUCCUGAUCCAAUUUUUCCCAACGAUAGUCCUGUAGCCCUUCUCUUCCUUUGGGAGCGUACGAGGUCCAACAGUGGCAUGAGACUUUUAGCCAGUCGAGAUGAAUGA